GAAGCUCAAGGCGACAGGCCUCGCAUGGAGGAUACGCAUGUGGCGCAGCUUAGCUUCCACAAAGACAAACACGUGUUCGGGGUUUUCGACGGACAUGCUGGUGAUUGCGCUGCCAAGCUGCUGAGCACUGAGAUCGUAGGGAUACUGAGGGACCAGAUCAUGCAGAGGUCGGGCCCUCAAGACAGCGCAUUGGGGGCCAGCCUGACCAGCAGCUUCCUUGAGGCCGAGAAGAGAGCGCUAGCACAGCCUUGGGACGAUGGCAGCUCAGCAAUCCUGGCAGUGAUCGAUGGAGAUCGUCUCUUCGUGGCGAAUGCUGGAGACUGCCGGGCGAUCAUCUGCGGUGAGGGAGAGCCCAUGCCGAUGAGCACUGAUCACGACCCGACUGUGCCCGAGGAACGGAAGCGCAUCGAAGCCAACAACAAGCGCAUUGAAAGCUAUGAAAUCAACGGAAGGUCCAUCAACCGAAUCAGAUCGCUCGCAAUGUCUCGAUGUAUAGGCGACAAAAGUCUCAAGCAAUACCACGAUUACGAUACAGACACUUGGAUACCCAUAGAUGAUUGCAUCAUACCAGACCCUGAGAUAAAGGAGCUCUUGCUCACGAAGCAGCACAAGUAUCUGGUGAUUGCCAGCGAUGGAUUAUGGGCAACCGUGACAAACGAAGCUGUGGCACGGCGUCUCGACACCCUGACGGAAGAAGAGGAUCCGGCAGAAGAGUUGCAGAAG